AUGCACGCAGAGCUCGGCCUGAGGCACGCGGUGAUCGUCGCGCCUCUACACCACGUCUCUGCUUCCAUCGACGACGGACCUCUCAUGCCAAGUCUCACUGAACUACAAGGAGUGCCCCUAAAAAUUGCCAUCGCUCAGGGCCAGAGAGAGGUUGGCCUGGUUACUUCGUCGCCAAAACAAGACCGUCUGGGAGGUUACCUGGGUAGCCUCAUCCAUCUUAUUGCUGACUCAGCAAACUUUUCACCGCGCGUCGUUCAGGACAAGAGUGUCGGCAAACGCCUCGACAAUGGCAGCUUUACUGGCGUUAUCGGGCGCUUGCAAAGACGAGAGGUGGACAUAGGCCUGGCGUCAUUCACCGUCUUGUUGAGGCGAGUGCCUGCGAUGGAUUUCACCGCGUAUUUGCGGCGCAAGACGACGCGCUUCAUUACAAAGGUGCCCGCCUACAAACGAGAUCCCUUCAUCUUGAUAAACGUCUUCAAGAUAGAGACAUGGCUGACGAUGAUUUUCUUCACCGGUUUCGGUUUCGUAAUGCUGGCGAUUCUUCUGGGCCCCUGCGGCGAAUCAGAAUUCUCAACAGAGGCGGAGACGACGUAUGGAAUGGAAUAUAAGAACAUCAAUCGUGGAAAAGAAAUCAUAGAUUUGCCUCUGAUUGAGGGGGACAGAUCCGCGAUUUUAUAUGCCAACGAAAAAAUUAUCGGAGAAAAUGAGCGGGAUUUUCAGGCGGAUUGCCAGAAAGACUACGGCUUUCGUGAUGAGCUCGGAGAAAAUGUUCAAACUGGCGAAAACUUCCGCGAUAAUGAAGAGAUGAUUUACAAUGGAUUACCAAAUACUCAUCGUCAAAAGGAAGAAAGAAACGAUUCAUAUCAUCUCUCUCAAAAGGCUAAAAUCUUAGCAAUUUUCAGAAAAGUCACGCAUUAUUUCAACUGGGAAAAAGCAGGAGUGUUGUUGAAGACCAUCACGUUACAGAAAACAGGGAACUGGCCCCUCCGUCGCCCCGCACGCGUCUUGCUGCUAUUCACCUCCUUCCUCGGCAUGUUGUUGACGGCGAGCUACGCAGGCAGCCUGGUAGCCUACCUUUCGGUACCGCGCAUGGAGCCUGUACCUGAAACCUUGCAUCAGCUCAAACGCAUGGACUACACCAUCAUACUCAAUGCUGCAUCGAAUGAAAUCGAAAAUAUUUUUGUGAGUCUCAUCACGAUUAAUCUGUCAUCUCUUGAUAAGUCACCGUUCGAUCCUUUUUAG